AUGAAAACAUCAUCCAGAUUGGAUGGACGGCUACAAGCCCUCACCAAGAGAUGCUUUUACAUACAGGUAAAAGAUUUAGAAGUUACCCGUGGAUCAGCCCUUCAUAACAUUGACAAGAAUAGUUUGAAAUCCGUCUUUUCAGCUUAUGCCGUUAUCGCAAAUCAUACGUUCAAGAAUGAGAUUGAUGAUGUUGUGGCUUUGCAAAUUAAUCGAGAUGCCAGUUGUAGGGUUGAAGGCGCUGGAAGGAUCGUCCAGAGUAGUGGCAGCAAGUAG